UGGUAAGUGACUUAACACUUUUACACACUGAACUGGUCCUGAGAACUGAGAUGUCUUCUUUGUAAGUGAAGAAUAUACAACAUAAUCUUGAAGAACUGCACAGUGUGAUAAUGAGCCAAAGGCAUACUGUGUGUGUGUAAUGGACUGACAAGAUUAAUCUUGCUGAAGGAUUUUUCCACCUUUUGUUUCUAUUUGCUAGUUUUAGUCAAUAUUUUGCUGGCUUAGAUUGUUACCUUUUUCUAGUUUCUUCUGUUCUAAUCUAAUGGGUCCCAGAAAUCCCUCUCCUGACCCCUUAUCAGAAUCAGAAAGUGAGGGAGAAGAAAACGCUAACUACCUAAAUGAGAGUUCUGGGCAAGAGUGGGAUUCCUCUGAAGAAGAAGACCCUGUGGUGCCCAACCUCACACCUCUCGAGAGUCUUGCCUGGCAGGUUAAGUGCCUUUUAAAAUACUCUACAACUUGGAAACCUUUAAAUCCUAAUUCCUGGUUAUAUCAUGCUAAACUCUUGGAUCCAAGCACACCGGUCCAUAUACUUCGAGAAAUAGGUCUAAGACUCUCCCAUUGCUCCCAUUGUGUACCCAAACUGGAACCCAUUCCUGAAUGGCCUCCUCUGGCUUCUUGUGGAGUCCCACCUUUUCAAAAGCCCCUUACAAAUGCCAGUCGGCUUUCUAGAGAUCAUGCCACUCUUAAUGGAGCGCUGCAGUUUGCUACCAAACAGCUAAGCCGAACAUUGAGUAGGGCCACUCCUAUACCUGAAUACCUAAAACAGAUCCCUAAUUCAUGUGUUUCUGGUUGUUGCUGUGGCUGGUUAACUAAAACAGUUAAGGAAACAACCCGCACUGAGCCCAUAAACACUACAUACUCGUACACUGACUUCCAGAAGGCAGUUAACAAACUCUUAACCACAUCACUCUAAAGACCCACCAUUUGUUCUGAUCUCUCUUGUAUUGCUGAUUGAGGAAGGAAGUACAAAGUCACACAUACCACAGUUGAGAAACAAAUGCCUUUUCAACCAAACCAUGCCCUGUCCUAACAAGCCUGUAAGUACUACCAAGUAUAGUGGUCCCAUAACUCAGCUAUAGAAAAUGCAUGGUGAGCAUGCCCUUUGACGGACCCUGUGGAUAAAAAGAACUUCAGUAGAAAAUUAGACCAAAGGGACCAUAUUACAAAAGUUAGGUAGACUCUUGUCCACACUCAGUUCCCCCACCAAUUUGUUCUGCCUCACUGAAUGGACUCUUGACCAGAUGUCUCAUUGUGAACAGGAAGGAAGAAGUAGUAGCUCCCUAUCCCUUUUGUUACCUAACCUUCAGACUAGCCAGUGGGGAAAGAAGGAACUUAGCUACUCCCAAUAACACCUCUCUGAGCAUACUCUUUUCUAACAUUAGUGUCUGUGAGACAGUUGCAUGAAUUUGAAUUCCCUAGACAAAAGAAAAUGGUGGGGCUAUGGAUUUAUUUCCCAGCUUUUAUACAGAUAGGCUAUAUAUGGCACCCUUUAGGGUUCCUAUUUUGGGGGAGGGAGUGCAGUUUCAAACCUAGGCUGCAUUUCUUCGGGCCUGUUAUAUAGUACCUGCAGUUAUAGUAUAAACCUUUAUAUCAUAGGUUCCCACCACACUAUCUCUAGCUACAUUGGCCUAAAAAUUGCAACCAGGGGUUAAACAGACACCUGUUCUGCAGGGAAUAGGUUUCCCGCAUCUUGGCAUUCAGACUUUAGUCAAUAGCACAUCACAUUUUAAAAGAUCAAUGGGAAAAGGAUUAAGGGCAUUUAUGCUUUCAAUAUUAACUGCUAGUGAAUUAAAAUAUUUCAUCUGUAUAAUGUUCUCAGCAGUACUUUAUGCACUGUUUACGUCCAUAGAAAUUUCAGGAAGUCUUCUAACUUUAAAGAACUUACCACUAUAGUAUAUCUAUCAGAAGUUGGAGUUUUAGCUUUAUUGUCUUUCUACAUAGAUCAGCUUCAGAUUUUCUUCUAGCUCAAUAAGGAAGAGAAAUGUACCCCUGUAAAUGAAUCUUGGUGCAUUUAUUUAAAUGAAUCAAAACAUAGAAAUUAUACAUAAAAGAAGAUGUAUGAGACCAAUAAAUCUUUUCACACGUCUACCAUAGAAUAAAACCUGUGUGUAUGAUCCUGGUUGACUGGGCAUCUAAAAGGAAUCAGAAAAUAGAUUGUUAAAGAUCCUAAAUCCUUUCAUUUUACUUUUAUUUUUUCCUAUUCUCCAUAAUUAAGUGCUGUAUAUGAUGUGGCAUGAAAAAAAAUGGAAGCAUUAUGAAAUCACAAAUUCUAUACAUGUAUGGCAACUUUAAGGAGAGAGGAGAAUGUUUAUAAUCCAAUGACUAUUUCUACUGAGCCUUAGUUCUCAUGUCUUAAGAAAAAAAGAGGGACUUGUAGUAGGUAGAAAAGAUAUUUGUUAAUGGAAAAUUACUGAAAAACCGUAUCAUACUGUUAGUGUAACUGAAUGUAUCAGAAACUGUUCCUAUGUAUAGAUGUUCUGUGAAAUUGGGUUUUUAAAGUGUUAUAAGAACCUGUUCCCUUUUUUUUUAAGGGGGAGGGGGGAAGAGGUAGGGAGGUCUGAAAAUUAAAAUAUAUUGAUGUUUAUGUAACCAUAAUAUGUUCCUUUUUCUGUGUGUGUAUAUAAAAGUGCCUUGCCAUGAAGCGUUUUUGCUAUUCACUCUGAAAGGAAGCCUUUCCCCAGCUCUGCAGCUGAAUAAACCAACAGCUUUGUACAUGCUGAACAGAGUAUAAUCAUUUGUUCCCAACAAAUGAGGUAGACCUUGCUUUCCUUAAAGCAUAUUCAGUAUUCACUAAGUGCUGAAUAGAGUUAACUGAUUAGAUAGAUAGAUAGGUAGAUAAAGAAAGAAAGAGAGAAAGAAAGAAAAAGAAUAUAGUGUCUCUGAUAGGAGGUGACUUGGCAGCUCUAGAAAAUGAAACAUACUUGUAAAAGAAAAUAUUCAGUCAAGACCUGGAUUUGAACCCAUUUGUUUGUAUAUGUUAAAUAACUACAGGUUACACAAAAUGAGAGAUACCUGAAAAAGCCUUUAGCCUUUACUUCUUUUUGUGUGUCCUGGACCUGGGGUUAGGGGUGCAUUUACCACUUUCACCCUCCCCCCACAAGGGAUUAGGAGAAAUGACAAAUUUACUAUGUUUUCAUAGAAAUAUUUAUCAAAGGAAACAGGAUUUCUAAAACAACAGACAUUAAUAUUCUUUAAAGGUAUUCUCACAGUGCAGAUAGGCAGCCUCUGAAGCAGUCCAGAUACUUAGAGCACAGAAGACCAUAGUCAUGUCUUUUAAACCCAUCAGCUUUCCUAAGAGAAGGAAAAAAUUGGUACGUAUCUGAUGAGGGACAGAUUUAAGUCGCCUUUUGGGGAUUAUCCUGAUGGGACUCCUAUCAUAAGUAUCCAUUUAAAAAAAAUUUUCUAUGAUGAAAAUAUUCUGGUAUUAAAGUAGAUUAGUAAAGCUGUUAGGGAAUUUAAAAAUCACUUGGGUUAUUUGCUUACUGAUUCAUAAAUUCUCUCUUCUGUCUCUGUUUUCUACUUUUGCCUUCAGUAUUAGAAAAAUUAAUGCCUUUUGGAGCAGGCCAUUAUGUUUACAUGUCUCUUGUUAGAAAUUUACAUGUCAUUCAUCUAAUAACAGUAUGGAGUACCUACUAUCCAGACCCUGGGAGUGCAAAAUAAAAUAAGGUACUAUACAUAAGAAGUUUUAAAAUAUACUGAACUGAGGUAUCUGGAUGGCUGAGUCGGUUGUGCCUCCGACCUCUGCUCAGGCCAUGAUCUCAGAGUCCUAGGAU